AUGGACCCGUCUGGAUUGUUCUCGCUGAACCAAGAUCCCCUUGUGACAUGCAUGAUCUCCACUGACCAGGCCAUGCCAACACUGAUUGGAUCGUGCAACAUCUGGUACAGUGCACAGCAUGAACGCUGGCUUACGCAAGAUGAGCUGCUGGUCGUGCAAGGAUUCCCAGUCCGUACCCGAUGGAGUUUCGGAUAUCCCUGCUGCUCAUUUGCUCAGCGCAGAGUUGAUGAUCAAGACGAGUAUGUUCGACUCCUCACUAUUAAGCCAUCGCAUGCAUCCCUUUGCAAGAUGGCGGGCAAUGCAAUGCAUUGUAACGUGGUGGGUGCCGUUUUGCUCUUUGCUGUGACGCAGGUGGAGCUGAACAAGUCUCUGGCAUCUCUGAUGAUGCGUGAGCGAAGGGGACGGAGCCACUACCAUCACCAGGCACGUCAGGACCGGCAUGAACAACAUGUGAGGCCUCUGAAGUUGCCGAGACUGCAUGUGCGGUGA